AUGCUACGACGUACCAUCCUGCGGGCGGCUGCGCGCCCACCACAACUCCUUCGCAGACCACACACGCGCCGCUAUGCGACGGAGCCGCCAGCCUCCCCAGCGUCCUCCCAGUCGCGCAUUGAGCGCUUCAAUCGCCGCCUGCCAAAGUUUCUGCACAAGUACACCAAUGCGCUCGGCAAUGCGCCAGUCACGCACAUCACGUCAUUCCUCAUCCUCCACGAGCUCACGGCCGUCAUCCCUCUGUUCGGUCUCGCUGGCUACUUCCACUACACACACUGGCUGCCUCCGUGGUUCGCAGAAGGGGCUUGGAUAGCGUCAGGCGUUGAGCGCUUCGGUCGGUACUUCAAGCGCAAGGGCUGGAUACGCAGCGAUGAAGCGCUGGAAGCUGAACGUGAGGUCGAUGAGAUCCAGAAAGAUGGCAAACAGAGGCAAUGGAUGAAGAGUCAGGGUUUUUUGUCAAAUUCCGACGAUGACGGCAUCGGCAGCGAGACCAAGAGGUUGAGGAAGGUGGACCAAGCGUGGAACAUCAGCGAAGGUGGUGUCAGGCUGGUCGUCGAGUUCGCGACAGCCUACGCGAUUGUCAAGAUGUUCUUGAUUCCGAGGAUUGUGUUUAGCGUCUGGGCUACUCCGACCUUUGCGAGAUGGACAGUUGGCCCGUUCUUGAACAAGUUCCGCGCCAUGUUUGCGAAGAAGGGGAACGGCGCUCCUGGAGUGGGUACUGGUGCUGUCGAAGGGGGUGCUAUACCGAAGAGUAGAAUCACUAUACAGUCCAAUCCCGCGAUCAGCAAGAUGUGCUUCGACGACGACGAUUACAGCUACGAGUCGAGAGUCGAGGCUCGAAAUGGCCAGCGCUACUACACAGAGGAUUACUACCCACGCUUUGGUAUGUCCAGACGCCGCCGAUAUGGCCUCGGCGGCUCGUACUACCCUUCGCGCUACUACGACCACACCCCCAGAGGCCGCUACAUGAGCAGAGCAGCCAUAUAUCCAAAUCGACACUCUCAGUACGGCGGCGGAUAUCCAAGUGGUGUGGUUCCUGGAACUUAUUCCAGGGGCGUAGUCCUAGGCGGUCAGUCUCAGACUACGGUACCUCGAGGGUUUGUUGGAGGUGGCUAUCCCGGUCAUUCGCCUGGAUAUGCAUAUGGUACCGGACACCAUGUCGGUGCUCGUAGUGUUGUGCCGGCCAAUUCCGCAAUGGCAUACCCAAAGCCCCGCCACCAAUAUAUCUACAACCCCCGUUACGGCCAACGUGGUCUCCUCUCCUAUGCCGGCCAAGCCGCGAAUGGUGCUGCACCCACCGGCGUCAUAGGAGGCGGCUAUGGCUAUGGUGGGUUUGGAGGCGUUGGUGUCGGUAUGGGUGUCGGUAUGGGUGUCGGAUACGGUGUGGCGGCCUACCAACCUGCGGUAUACAGCGCCCGUCCCUUGUACCCUCAAACCUACGCCACGAACUACUUUCCCCAGAACUAUUAUGCCUCCAACUACUCCCACCCCUCCUAUGGCGGUGGCUAUGGCUACUACAACUACAACUUGUAUGGCUCGCUGUACCCACUUGCUAACUUCUAUUACCCUUACCAGAGGACCUACUACAACACUGUACCUAGCUACGGCUACUCGGCGCACGUUUACCCACCUGGACCAAGCACAAAUACAACAACAUACCAUGUGACAAACAACCAACCGCAAGGCUCCUCAGGACCUGCCCCGAGGACAGUCAGAGAGACAAGACCAGCAUACGUUCACGGUCACGCACAGCAAGGUCCCACGCGCGAAGACAUCCAGAUGGAGAACCGGAGGAUCGCGACUGACCGUGGCUCAUACGACCCGCGCAAAAUUAGGCCAGCGGAUGCUCGUGACGACGAUCCUUUCUGGUGUCGCGAGCUCAACGGCGAGUGGCAUCUCAGGUCCUACUACCAGAUUGAAAAUGAGUGUCAUCCUGGCCGAUGGAUGAUGGACGCUAACGUUGGCUUCCUCGUCUUCCACCGCGCAUGA